GAAUAAUCGAAUAUUGGAAUUCGCUUGUGAUAAAAAUAUAUGAUAUGUUUAUGUAAGUUGUGAAUUUCAAGAAAUUUACGUUUCUGAUGUGAGGAAUGACGUUCUACUUGUGGUCCAUCUUCAUUAUACUGUAUCAAACCAUCAUCUGUGUAGUCUUCACCUGGUUGACGCUGAAAUGCCGGCUAGCACCAGAACCAGGAGAACCUCGUGAGCUUACACUCAUCAAGAUGCUGUACCUGUUUGAGCCGCAAAGUUGCGAGCGACACUACUACUACAAUUACACCGUGCUGGUCGACAAUAAGCGAACCAUGUCCAACAUACUGUGGAUGGAGUCUAACUGGGUUGCUGCUGCUUUCAGAAACAAGAUGAAGCUAUGGGUGAGCCUCCACAUAGCCUGGCUAGGGUUGGCGCUCCUCAACGUGAGCCUCGGGCGCCGACCCUGCGGGUUCUACGCGAUACUGCUGCCGCUAACAGGAAUUGGCAUAACCCUACUGGUUGUCGACUUGGUACAUGCCGCGCUGUUUCUGCUUGAUGCCGUUCAUACGAAGACUGAAGGUCAAAUCUGGGACUACAUCGGAUCCGAACAUCAGGUGAAGAUAAUCCCCCGUCUCCCACAAUACACCUUUGAGAUCGAUGAAGCUGACACCUCCUGGGUUUCCCUCCUCUUCGCGUAUGGAAGCCUGAGGGGCAUCGUUCAGUGGAUUGUCAACUUCUGGAUCGUGCAGGAUAACUAUUUUGAUGGGCUGCAUUAUUAUCGUGAGUUAGGUUUGCAAGAAGCAAACAAGCGAAUGAGUUAUAGCUAAAACUCAAAACUCAAGUCAAGACUCAACCACGAAACACAAAACCAUGAACAUUUAUAAUACAUCCAUUUGAAUUACGCCUGUUACCCUCACCGAAGGAAAAAUUGGAUAUAUUCAGAAAUAAAGCAACAAACGCA